AUGGAGUGCUGGCGCGAGUGCAAGAACCGCAACCAGAGGCGUGGCAUGGCCCGCGCGGUGAGCCCUAUAGUCUACUGGCAGUACGAGCCCUUCACCGACGCCACCACCGGAGGACUCUGCAGCUGCUUCGGCGCCGCUGCGUGCAAUGGCCGCCGGUUCGUGCACCCGUCAGAAGACGACAGCAACCUGCCGGCCGUCAACUUUGUCGGCAAAAUCUGCCCGGCGAACGGAACCGGAGAUCCGCACUUUGUCGGCGCUGACGGAUCGCGGUUCGAUUUCAGCGGGCGCCCUGGCGAGGACUACGCGCUGAUCUCGGACGUACACGUGGCAGUGAACGCGCACUUCGGGGGGCGGUGGGGCGAAUGGGAGGGACGCAACAAGGCGCUGACGUGGAUGCGAAAGAUAUCGAUUCUGUGGGGCCACCACUCGAUCGUCUUCGAGGCUCGCGAAGGAUGGGAGUCUGGUUACAGAAACGGUUACCUCCAACGACUGUCGGUUGACUCGGACGACGUGAAACUUGGCCUGCCCGGUUCGCACCUGGAUGUCGCCUCGUUUUUCGACGGGCAGGUUGAGCUGCGAUGGGCAGCGGCGAAAAAACCCGCGAAGGGCGAGCUGGUGGACGAGUACGAAGUUCGCAUAGGCGACGUGCUGUCGCUCAGGCUGACGCUGCGACCCGAAAUCGCAGUGCUUCGCACGGACGACGACGGGGUGGUGCACUUCACGGUGGAUGUGCUGAGCGCGAAGCUGUCGCCCAACGUGCACGGCGUGCUGGGUCAGACGUUCCGCCCUGACUUUAUCGGACGCCUAGAGCGGCAGAAGCUGGUGUGGAGCAACCUUUUCAAGACCCAAGUGGUUCCCGGCGACAACGCGGAGGGGUUUAUCGACGGGACUGUGGACGACUACAGGUGUACCGAUCUCGCGCACUCGGACUGCGUCUUUUGUCGCUUUGUGCGCUCGGAAACGCUGGACAACGAAACUGCCUCUGCUAUAGAGCUGGCUGCUGGCGUUUCGUCCUCUUAUAGUGACAACGGCCGCACCUACCCACGGAAGGCACUAGUAGGAGCUUUCUAA